AUGUUGACCCCGGCUUCCAUCGUGACUGUGUCCUACAAAGUCAAGAAUGCUUUUCUGUUCCUUUCAGUCCUGGAGUUUGCAGUAGGGAUCCUGGUCAAUGCCUUCAUCUUCUUGGUGAAUUUUUGGGACGUGGUGAGGAGGCAGCCACUGAGCAGCUGUGAUCUCAUCCUUCUGAGCCUCAGCCUCACCCGGCUGCUCCUGCAUGGGCUGCUGUUUCUGGACGCCGUUCAGCUGGCCUGUUUCCAGCGGAUGAAAGACCCGCUGAGCGUCAGCUACCAAACCAUCAUCCUGCUCUGGAUGAUCGUGAACCAGGCUGGCCUCUGGCUCACCACCUGCCUUAGCCUCCUCUACUGCACCAAGAUCGCCCGUUUCUCUCCCGCCUUCCCGCUCUGCUUGGCGAGCUGGGUCCCCAGGAAGAUGCCCCAGAUGCUCCUGGGCGCCAUUACCUUCACCUGCGUCUGCGCCGCUCUCUGUCUGGGGGACUUUUUCAGGAGAUCUCACUUCUCAGUCACAGUUAUGUCUUUCGUAAAUAACAGUACAGAGUUCGAUCCGCAAAUUGCAAAACUUAGUUUCUUCCAUUCCUUCAUCUUCUGCAGUGUGGGGUCCAUCCCUUCUUUCCUAAUUUUUCUGGUUUCUUCUGGGGUGCUGAUUGUCUCCCUGGGAAGGCACAUGAGGACGAUGAGGGAACAAACCGAAGACUCUCGGGACCUCAGCCUGGAGGCCCAUAUCAAAGCUCUCCGAUCUCUCAUCUCCUUCCUCUGCCUGUAUCUGCUGUCACUCUGCGCCGCCCACCUCUCCGUGCCGUUGCUGAUGCUGUGGCACAGCAAGGUUGGGGUGAUGGUCUGCGUAGGCAUCCUGGCAGCCUGCCCCUCGGGACAUGCCGUCAUCCUGAUCUCAAGCAACACCAAGCUGAGGAGAGCCCUGGAGAGCAUUGCGCUGUGGGCUCAGAGCAGCCGAAAGGUCAGGGCGGGCCACGGGGCUGCUCGCGGGAUGCAGACUCUGUGCUGAGAGCGGAUAUGGCACAGGGGCUUCUUGAACACGCCUCUGAUUGUUCAUAAAGGUUUAGAAACCUCUUCCAAUCUCUUCUGUAAAACUGAGAGUCUCUCCACUUUACAUCAGUGGCCUCACUCAUCAUAGAAUAAGGUAAUUAAAGUUCUAUACGGGUCUCAGCAAGCAGCAAGGCAUCCUGCCUAGG